AUGGCGACAUUCGACGAGACCUUCAACCCCGCCGCUCUUACACGAUCGGAUACCAUCACUUCGACCACGAGCACACCAAAGGCUCCUCCGGGCUCUACGUCGAAACCGCAAAAAGCCGCCCAAAGCUAUCCUCGAGUCGAUCUCGAACCUCUGUAUACCGAACUAAAAUCACUAAUCGGCCACAACUGGGACACAUAUUUCGACGCUAUAACCAGGUUUAUACGAGGUGAACUGAAUGCACGAGAGUUCGGCGACCUCUGCGAUGUCUUCAUUUAUGCGACUCCUCAAACGGAACAUGCCCACAAUUCUUUAAUACUCGCGAUACUCUGUAAUACCGGCAAAGACCCUCCUGAUCCUGGACUAGCAGCAUGGGUCAGCGCAACGACGGACAAGUCUGCCCUGACGUCGGGCACGAAACCCGCUGCCACGGGCGAUGCAAGCGAACAGCGACUGAAAGCCGAAGUGAUGGCGCUGCCCGCCCGUGACCGACGACGCAUCAAAGGAGCAGCGAAUGACAAGGCAGAUGAGGAGGCGGCAGCUCGGAGGAACCCAUAUGAAGACCUGUAUCUCGCUGGAAGAAUUAAAGCACCCGAGGCUGGCCCAAGCGCAGUCGCAGGAGGACUGACGAAGACGAACUGGGAUUUGGAGAUUAGGAAAAGAUAUCUACAGCCACUUUUCUCAGAGACACUCGAGUUUCCGGAUACAACGGCGAUACAUUCUCGGAUUGUCCCCAUUUGUUAUGAAGAGUCCAUCGCGCAAGGUUGCUCCAUACAAUGCGCCGAACUAGUGGGAAUUGCAGCGGAGACGUAUCUAAAAGGCGUGCUGGCUGAGGUCAUGAAUCGAACACGGCCCAACGGCCCAAGAUACGAGCACAGCGCGGGCGGAGGCAUCUUGACGAGCUCCUACAAGAGGAAAAUCGACCGCGAGGAGGAGGAAAUCAAGGCUGGGAGGCUUAGCAAGACCCGUGAUGAUGACUUAUUACCGACUGAAGCGCAGGUCGCAUAUGCAAGACGUCCCAUCGGCAUGGCGGAUCUGCAACUCACCGCUCAGGUCGGUCCUCUACCUUGGAAUGCAAUGCCUUGUAUUGGAUACAGCCUGAGCAAUGCUUCGGCCGGUUAUGAUCAUGAUCAGUGGCUUACGGAGCAAGAGCAAGCCGCGAGUGCGGCGACGGCGACGACGACGAAUGGACAUGUUGAUCCAGCCGAAGAUAGUAUGGAUGUCGACGGUACCGACAACUACGGCUGGGAAGGCGCUGGGCCACAAGACAGGGCAGGUCUGGAUUCUGUUCUUGCUGAUUGUCUGGCUAUUCGUGUGUAG